ACAGUAUCGUCCCUACAGGAAUGCGGCCGACACCAAAUGUCUGUUUGAGAAGCACAAACCCACUCAUGUUAUUCACUUGGCGGCUAUGGUGGGGGUGCUGUUCCGGAACAUGAAGUACAACCUGGAUUUCCUGAGAAACAACCUGCACAUCAAUGACAAUGUCCUGCAUUCUGCCUACGAAAUGGGGGUCCAGAAGGUGGUGUCGUGCCUUUCUACCUGCAUCUUCCCAGACAAGACCACCUAUCCUAUCGAUGAGACCAUGAUCCACAACGGGCCCCCCCACACCUCUAACUUUGGCUAUUCCUAUGCAAAGAGAAUGAUCGAUGUGCAGAACAGAGCUUACUAUGAACAGCACGGCUGUAAGUUCACCUCCGUCAUUCCCACCAACGUCUUCGGCCCACACGAUAAUUUCAAUAUUGACGAUGGGCACGUCCUGCCGGGGCUCAUCCACAAAGUCUACUCGGCCAAGCAGAAUGGCACUGCUCUCUCUAUCUGGGGCACGGGGCAACCACGGAGACAGUUCAUCUAUUCACUGGAUCUUGCAAGGCUUUUCAUUUGGGUGCUGAGGGAGUACAAUGAGGUUGACCCCAUUAUUCUUUCUGUUGGAGAGGAGGAUGAGGUGUCCAUCAAGGAAGCAGCCGAGAGCAUCGUAGCAGCCAUGGAGUUUAAGGGAGAGCUGAUUUUCAACAGCACAAAGUCUGAUGGGCAGUUCAAGAAGACUGCGAGUAACCACAAGCUCAGGAAAUACCUGCCGGACUUUCAGUUCACCCCCUUAAAGCGGUGCAGGAAACCUGUAACUGGUUUAACAGUAACUAUGCCCAGGCCAGAAAGUGAAGAGAUGGCAGUUUGCACAGACAAAGUGCUUGAUGUUCGGGCCCCUGGCGAGGGAGAGCGGUGCCCGUGACCCCUGGGACUGGUGGUGGGAGAUGAAUUAUUUGCAUCUGUGAAGCAGCAUCAGAAAUUGUAGAUCUGUCUUUCUGUCAGGAAUCUUAGUGGAGGGUGAUUGGUUAAUGUAUUUGCCCUUUAUUGAUCAGUACUGUACCUACAGUGGGGCCCCGCGGGUCUGGCUCCUGCACUGGCACAUGAGCACAUUUGUAAGAUUUAGGGAGAAUUGGGGUAAGUGUAACACAUACAGGAUGGGGCUGAUUACAAAUAUCCUGCUCAUGGUACCCGGGGGUGCAAGUGUGAUAUUAGACUGCUCCAUUCUGUUCUACCAGUGCAGUCUGCAGCUUCCCAUGAUCCACCCAUCAGACUGGUACAUUAUGUAUAUUGUAUCUAUAGAAAUAGUACAGUACAUUAUAUAUAUAUUGUAUCUAUAGAAAUAGUACAGUACAUUAUAUAUAUAUUGUAUCUAUAGAAAUAGUACAGUACAUUAUAUAUAUAUAUUGUAUCUAUAGAAAUCCAGGCAAUGUGUGUGCAGGUUGGUACCAAUGUUCCUGAUUAAAAUGGUCUCAUUUGGAAGUAAA